ACAAAAUAGAGAAGGCAGAGUUAUGAAUCAGAAUCAUCCAUGAUACAGACUGAAUGCAGGAUGCAGAUAUUCAGUCCUAAACCUUCCCUACACGAGAGAUUUCAGAAGUUUUUAGGGAGAAGAAGGGCUCAGGCAUGUGUAGGUGUUGUGUUGUGUUAGUCCUUUGCUGCUUGGGAUUGCUGUCUGCAGUUUUUCUUCCAGAUCAGAGCCUGAAACCUCAGCUUGGAGACCCUCAGCUUGCAACAAAUAAUCCCACUCUUACCACAGUUUCUCUAGAGAAACCUUUCUGUAUGUUUGAUAGCUCACUGUGUCCAAACAGAUCUUAUACCAUCUACUUGUACGUAAUGAAGGAAUCAGCAAGUGCGAUGAGCUCCCUCGUGACUGAUGACAGUAACAAACCCCUGGGCAGCACAUUCCAGCAAACAAGCGGGGGACAGCUUGGACCUUACAAUGCUGCCUUCUUCGAUGUACCUGACUGUGCAGUGCCCCCCAGGCUUGCUGAUGUAGGAGGCAUGAACAAAGUGCCUGACGUCUUGAAGCAAUAUCUCUUCAGAGUUGGGGACGAUGGGACUUGUCUGUAUGACCCGAACUUCCUAGGGGUCUGUAACCCACCGCUUUCCCCAGACACUACAUACAGGUUUAAAUAUGUGUUGGUGGAUAACUCUGAAGGUAUGGUGAAAGAUCAAACUCUUUGGUCUGAUCCAAUCAAAACCAGAAGAGCCAAACUUCCCAUGAAAAUUGAUACCUGGCCUGGUCGAAGGAGUGGAGGCAUGAUUGUCAUCACAUCAAUUCUAAGUGUUUUGGUGUUCCUUCUGCUUACUGGCUUUCUUGCUUCUGUGUUUUUUGCUGUUAUGAGAUCAGAAGAUGCUUCUGAAGAGACAAAGGGCACAUCUCCAACUGUUCAAGAAAGUGAAUCAAGACCACAGCUGAGCUCUGAGUGAAAAACCUGUUUCAUGUCAAGCUGGAAACACAAUUGAAUUGUUACAGGUGUUAGACCUACAGGACUGUCUCCUACUGGACUCAACACUGGUCCACUGCUACAGUAUGCAAACAUGCAACUGCACAUGAAUAACACAGAUGAAAUAAGGACAAUUUUAAAAAAUAAUAAUGCAGUCUGUGAUAUCCUGUCUUUCCCUAAUGAGAUUUCAUUUAGCUAACUGGCUUUUAUAGCACCCAUCAGGUACAUGUUCUGAAGUAAGAAGAUUAAUGAGAUCCUUCAACUUCAGUGGUGUGAUGACAGGUUGUCUUGUACAUGUUCUCAUGUUGAGUCUACAGACUUCUGAUGUGCUUCUCAUGAUCAGAUGAACAUGAUGCAGCCAUUUGUAUCUCAACCCUUCUCUAUAGUGACUGCUGUGAAACUAAAGAAAAACAAGCUGCUUUAGAAAAAGAUGUUCUUAGAUAAAAAGAUGUUCUUAGAGAAAACUAAGGAUUAAAAGGUAGACAACAGGGUACAAAAGGUAGCUGCUUCCUUUUUUUUGGUGACCAUUUGUCAUAAGUCAUCCAUUCUUUUCUCUCUUUCCUUAAAAAGAAGCAACCAAGUUCCAAUUGCCCUGUAUGUAGCAGAGUAAUUUUCAUCUCCAGUACUUAAAUACCCUCAAACAGCUUUACAAGGCUAAUACCAAACAAAAUUACUUCAAUUAAUGUGUGCUCUUUCAGAGCUCAGUAUAAUCUGUUGAUGGGCUAGUAAUGGGGAGAUACUGCUUCAGUGGAAAAAACAUGAGUAUAUUCACUGCACUCAAGGUUGGCCUCAUUCCUGACCUUUACCUUAGGCAGCAGCAAGCCAGAACUCCUCACAUCUUAGUAUCUGGGUUGGUGGGAUUUGGAGGGUUGUUUGAACUAUUUCUCCUUUUCUUCAUUUUAUGAUCAGUUGGAGAGUAGAAAUAAAGUUUUGCAUCGGAUUUAAAUUAUGUGCUACUUUUUUUUUUUUUUUUUCCCCCAUUGAUACCAGCUUCUUUACACACUGUUUUGUCUCUAUAAAUGACUUAUGAUGAUUCACCUUCAAAGCCCUCUUCAGGAGGUAUAAGCAACUGUCCCACUGUAGCAAGUGUUUCCUGGUGAUAAACAGAGAGCUGUAAGUGGUUAUUAUUGAUGUUCUUCUAAAUUAUCUUUAAAUUAGUUGUCUCAGUUUAUAAAUGAGUAACAACUCUUUCAACACAGGUAGUUUACUGUCACUAAUACAACUAGACAAUUCUUGUACCACAACUUAUUUCAGGGAGUGGGACUUAUUCUCCUCAGAGCACGAAAAUUAACAUUUUUUGUGUAAAGUGAAACACUGUCAGGAUGGAGUGCUGAGACUCCAGCUUCUGGUGACUGCAAAACUUAGGCCCAAGAGAUUUGUAUGUGAGGUCCCUCUGUUCAGUUGUCCUGAAGUGCAGUGUGUUAAAGCUUGCCUGCUUGCUGCCUGGGUUUUGGGCUGGGCUGACAGGGAGGUGGGAGAAAGCACUUUAAGGGAGAGAUGGUUGCUGUGCCUGCUGAUAGGAAAUAAUGGAUGCCAAAGUACCAGGAAUGCUAUGGGUGGUUUUCUGUUGAUAUUUGUUUUGUGUGUUUGUGUUUAAAUUGGUGCCUUGCUUUCCCUGUUCUUUGCUGCCUAGAGGCUGCUCUAAACACUGUUCUGAGGUGCUUUCCCAUCCAUCUAUUGGGUAACCUGGAAGCAAGGGAUAUCUGGAGGAAAAGGCAGCAUGAGCGUGCAAUGCUGAGCAUCAGAGUACAUAAGAGAUCCUUGUCCUGUUUGGCAAAUAUUUUGCUGAAGAUGACAAUCCUAAAAAUACUCUUUCUAGGCAGUCCUGUUCUUAAGCAGGGGGGGGCUGUGAAUGGAGCAGCUUUGGAUUUUUGCAAGAUCUUGCAUGCCAGUGCCCAUUUGUUAUGCUGUGAACUAACAGGACUCUAUAUGGAUAAAACAGCAGCCAUGAUGAAUACCAGAACAUGUUCACAACUACUUUUGCCUCUCCAUAUGGUAUUUUCAUUGGCUUAAAUACUGACUUUUCUCCUCUGCUUCUGACUCCUUACUGAAGAAAUGGUAUGGAAAUUCCUGUUUGGAGCCUAUCAGAGGCUCCUGACUUUCAUCCCAGUCACACAGGAAAAAAAUAUGAGGUAUCAGAGAUUAAUAGCAUUUCUUCAGUACACAGGUUUAAGAUAUGGAAAGUUUGGAGGGCAUUGCCUAAUUUUUUGAAAGAGUGAAGAUGCAAAAAGACUACAUCAAUUUUUUUCAUGAAUUGUUGCCAAGUCUAUCUGCAUUUUUGUUCAAAUAUGAUAUAGAUAAAACAAAAGGAUAUUUUCUGACCCUUACAUAGGUUUCCAUUACAGCACCAACAGAAACGAGACAAAACUGAACUAUGAUACUUGCUAGAUGUUUUCUAGGUAUUGUAGGUGACCCCACAAAAUGUAUUGAAAAUGCUGAUUGCAAGUGCUGUUAUGUGGUGGAAAAGAAAAAUGCCAUCAAUGGAGAGAGUCCAGGAACUGAAGUUCUGUUUGCACUUAACACUUUUAUGUUGUACUCAGGUUUUAUCAAUGUUACACACGAUGAUGAACAAGCUGAACUUGAGAUCCGUUUUCAAGAGCAGCUCUGAGACUUUGACCCAUGCCUGCUGUUCUGCGCAGAGGAAAAUGUAAUCCUAAUGGCAUUAACUUGCCUGUAGUUGUGAUCUCUGCUUCUGUUAUUUCUUAUUUGGAUCUGGUAUUUCUCUGGAUGCUGUAAUGAAUAAACCAAACUGUGCUGUAGAAAAACUAGUGCUAGGAUGCCGCUGUGGUACAUGUUUUUACUUAUACUCUGGGUUGAGAUUCUAAUACUGGUCUUCAGGACUGACUGGCAAACUACAUUAAAUUGUGUCUGCAUCCCUCACCCCAGCAUGCUCUCAGCUGAGGCCCCAGCAGAAAGUUGCCUUAGGUUCAUUAGCAGAAGGACUGACUGCACUGAGAUUCAGUACAGCUGAAAACUGAAGUUCGCCACUAGCAGCUGUGUGACCCGACUUGUUUGUGGAACUUGGAUGUGGAAGAGAAGUGGGACAGGGUAAGAGCUAGACAAUAUGUCUGGUUUCAGGCACUCCCUUGAUUGUGUGGUUUUGCCAA